AUGAGGUUUAUCGUUGCCUGUGCUGCGGCAGCUCAGCUCGUCUCUGCUGCCGUCGACAUCAAGUCGGUCAAGCAUAAAUCGACUGCCCCUAUUGUUCCUAAUACCUACAUCGUUGAGAUUGCCUCCGGCAACCAUCUCAAACGUGGCUUUGCGUCCCCUCACGAAGAGCUCUACCAUGACCUCAAACGCCGCGAUGCCAAAUGGGAGGUAACUAAGGAGUACAGCGAUGAACUCCUCACCGGUGCUGCUGUCAAGGUCGGAAGCGAUGCCGAUCUCCUCAAACUUGCCGAGGCCAGCGGUGUGCAGUCGAUCACCCCGGUUUAUCUGCAUGCUCCUCCCAAGCCUGUUUUUCAGCAGGUCAUGAAGGACACCACAGACGCAACAGCGCCAAAGGAUGUCUUUUCAACCCAUGUUAUGACCGGAGUUGACAAGCUCCACAAUGAGGGCUACUAUGGCAAGGGCAUCAAAAUCGGUAUUAUCGAUAGUGGUGUCGACUACAACCACCCCGCUCUUGGUGGAAAGUUUGGACCCGGUAACAAAAUUAUUGGUGGAUACGACUUUGUUGGCGAUGACUACACUGGUCGUCCCGGAACUCCUCCACCCGCUCCUGACAAUGAUCCCCACGAUAAUUGCAACGGACAUGGCACUCACGUCGCCGGUAUCAUCGGUGCCAACCCCAACAACAUUUGGAACAUAUCCGGUGUCGCUUACGAGUCCGAGAUCAAUGCUUACCGCGUCUUUGGCUGCGAUGGCUCCGUCCCCGAUGAUAUUCUAAUCGAUUCGCUGCUUCGGGCCUAUAAAGACGGCAACGAUAUCAUUACGCUGUCUCUCGGUGGCCCCGAUGGAUGGACCGAGGCCGUUUCUGGCGUUGUUGCUAGCCGAAUCGCUGACAAGGGCAGAAUUGUUACUAUUGCCGCUGGCAACGAUGGCCAGUACGGCUCUUGGUACGCAUCUGGCCCCGCCACCGGUCUCAGUGUUAUUUCAAUCGGUUCUGUCGACAACACUGCCGUCAACCUCCAAAAUGCAACCGUCUCCAAUGGACGCACUAUCCCUUACCAAUCGCUCGAAAAGCUUGCCAUCCCAGACGGUCUCCCAAUCUACGCUACGUCUCAGGACCCUGCCAUUGUCGACGAUGCUUGCAAUCCUCUCCCUGCCAGUACCCCCGACCUCUCCAACUAUGUUGUCUUGAUUCGCCGUGGUACUUGCACCUUUAUUCAGAAGUUGACCAACGCAGCUGCAAAGGGCGGCAAAUACUUUUUGAUCUACGACAACAGAGACCAAUCCCUAGGUGCAAUUUCUACUGGCGAAUAUCCAGGAGCUCUCAUCACCCAGGCGGAUGGCCUUUUCCUGCUCAAGGAGGCUAUUCCCAAGAAGUACACUAUCGCGUUCCCCAACUCUCCAUACACCGCUUCGAAUCCUAGCGGUGGUCUCAUGUCCUCAUUCAGCACUUACGGUCCAUCUCAUGACAUGUAUCUUAAGCCUGCCUUCUCAGCUCCUGGAGGUGCUAUCCUCUCGACCUACCCCAUCGCCCUUGGCUCUUGGGAAAUCGCCUCAGGUACUUCUAUGGCCACUCCCUUUGCCGCCGGUUCUGCUGCUCUCCUCUUGCAAAUCAAGGGCAAGACUGCUGCCACUGCCAAAGCCGCCCGUGCGAUCUUCCAGAACACCGCUAUCCCCGUCAAGCAGACCAUUGCAAACACCUCUUUGGUCGAGACCGCCUCCCACCAAGGUGCUGGCCUUCUCAAUGUCUAUGACGCAAUCAAGAACACUGGCAGCUUGACCCCCUCGGAGCUUUUGUUAAACGACACAGCCUACUUUAAGGGAGUCCACACACUCUUGGUCAAGAACGGCGGCAAGAAGUCAGUCACGUACACUCUGACCCACGUCCCUGCUGGCACUGCCAACACUAUUAAUGGGAUUGAGGCUAAUCUUGGACCUGUAUCCCUUGUCAACAGCGCCGCAUCUGUUGCUAUCGUCCCCAACAAGGUCACUGUCCCUGCUGGCUGGUCGCUUCCUGUCGUUGUUUCGAUCAAGCCUCCCACCGGUCUCGAUGCAACCAACUUCCCUGUUUAUUCUGGCUACAUUAAGGCUACUGGAUCUGAUAACACAACCCUUCAGUCGACCUACAUUGGCGUCGCCGCCAAGCUCAAGGAUGCCAAGGUCCUCGACAACACUGAUGCUUACUUUGGUGUCAAAAUUCCAGUUUUAACCGACAGCCAGGGCGAACCAGUUCCACCCACCGGUUCCGCGACGUACACCAUGAAGGGCAACGACACGCCUUUGGUCAUCUACCGUCUGGUCCAAGGAACACCUCUCCUACGUGUCGACCUAAUCGAUUCCAAGACCAACGUCACCACCAACCAGCGCCGCUCAGAAAUCGAAGUCGGAUUGGGCGAACGUUCCGAGGCUCCAGCUGGCCCUUACUCCACCUUAUCCAAGCGCUCCAUCCGGGACUGGCUCUUCCCUAACAAGGGUCAGACCUCGGGCGGAACCUUUGCUGCCGUCAAGACGCUUGGAGUUCUCUUCCAGGAAGAUUACCUUCCUCGUAAUAGCGCCGCUGCCACUGCCGACGCCAAUGGUUACACCAGUCUCCAAGUCACUGCGUUUGCUAACGGCACUACUAUUCCCGACGGCAGCUACAAGAUCUUGGUUCGUGCGCUGAAGAUUACCGGCAACCCGAAGAAAGAGGAGGACUACGAGGUUUGGACCAGCUCUACAGUUGUGGUCAAGCGCGCUUGA